AUGACAUCUGAAAACAAAGAAAUAGGUGAUCUCAAUGACUCGGUGAAGCAAUUUGGAAAUGAAGACUUCAUCUCUCUCAAACAAUCUCAUAAACUCGAUGACAAUGAUUCUGGACUUGAGAACAAAGAAACUAAAAAGGUAAAGUUAGAGGCUCAUGGCAAAAAAAGCCAAUUGAACGAAAACUCCUCAGAAGAGGAUAUCAAAUUGAUUCUUGAUAAUUCAAAGAAGAAUUCAGACACACCUGUUGAAGACAAACAAAGAGAAAAAAUUAAGGAAUUUCAACGCAAGAAAACGAUUGUUGGUAUCAAUGAAUCAGAUGUUGGUAUCACCAAAUUUGUUUCAAAUGAUAUCAAUCCAUUUACAGGCAUCCUAAAGGAACGUUACAGUGAUUUCUUGGUGAAUGAAAUUGAUACAAAUGACAAGGUGGUUCAUUUAGUAGAUGAAGGAUUUCCAAUUGAAGAUCGUAAAGCUAAAAAAGCGGCAGAAAGAAAAAAACUUUUGGAAGAAAAGAAUAAUGAUGGAACUGCAGCAGGUGCCUCUACACUUUCAAAAAACAACCCCAAAGUAUCUGAAAUAUCAGAAGAGGACAAAGAGGAAGUUAUAAAUUUAAUUGGAAGUGAAAAUUUGGAAAAAAUCAAUAAUCUUUUGACAGUUGGGCAAAGUUUUGAAACAGAAACCCACUAUGAUGAUAAAUCAGAGCGCAGCACAAUACAUCAAACAUUAAGAAGAGUAUUUAAUGGGAAACUAGAAACGGCAACAACCUCAAACAACACCUUCAAAAUAAGUCUAGCAAACUCGAACUCCAGAGGUAGAGUGAAUAGAGCUAAACCAAUUGUAAAUGAUUAUGGAUUGGGUCCUCAAAAAGCUUAUCUACAUUUUUCAAUCUUUAAAGAAAAUAAAGAAACAAUGGAGGUUGCUGCUUUACUAUCCAAAUUUCUUAGAAUUCCAUCAAAAGCUAUUAGAUAUGCCGGAACAAAAGACAGAAGAGGCGUUACUGUCCAACGAGCCAGUAUCAAUAAAAUCAGGGUUGAUAGAGUCAAUGGAUUAAAUAGAAUUCUUAAAGGUAUCCGAUUAGGUUCGUUCAGUUACAGUGAUAAUUCUUUGAAUUUGGGUGAUUUAAAUGGUAAUGAGUUUAUAAUAACUAUUAGAGAUGCCAGGCUAAUCGAUUCAGGCAAAGAUGAUAAGGACAUUUACAAGGUUAUUGAGUCUUCCAUGAGCACUCUUAAAAACAAAGGUUUCAUUAAUUAUUAUGGAAUGCAAAGAUUCGGAACCUUUUCAAUAUCUACUCAUGAAGUUGGAGUCAAACUACUACUAGGAGAUUGGGAAGGUGUUUGUGAAUUAAUAUUAUCCGAACAAGAUUUAGUUUUACCGGAAUCUGUUGAAGCAAGAAGGGUAUGGAGUGAAUCUAGAGACCCGCAAUUAGCAUUCAGAAAGAUGCCCAAAAAGUGUGUUGCUGAGUCUAUGAUUCUCAAGACUCUUAGUCUCAAUGGGUUAAGAUCAGACGAUGGCAAUUUUACUUCGGAUUCUUAUUUCAAGGCUAUUAUGAAGAUUCCUAGAAAUCUAAGAAUAAUGUAUGGGCAUGCGUAUCAAAGUUUUGUUUGGAACAAUGUUGCAAGCAAAAGAAUUGAACUUUUCGGGUUUGAAAUUGUUCCUGGAGAUUUGGUGAUAGCUAGUAAUUCAGAUGACAAAGAUAUUGAUAAAAAGAUUGACUUUGAAGAAGAUGUUCGACCUGAACAGUUUAUUAGAGCAAGAGCUGUAACUCAAGAAGAAAUCGAAAAGGGCGAAAAAACAAUAUAUGAUGUGGUUUUACCAACACCCGGAUUUGAUAUUGUGUAUCCUGAGAAUGAAAAAUUAAAACAAGUUUAUGUUGAUGUGAUGGCAAAGGACGGAUUGGAUCCAUUCAAUAUGUCCAGAAAUGUACGAGAGUUUUCAUUUGCUGGAAGCUAUCGUCAUUUGAUAACCAAACCUAAAGAUCUAGAAUACUUUAUUAGAAAAUAUGAAAAUCCAAUUGAACAGUUGCUAUUAACUGACUUGGAAAUCUUAAGAUUGAAGCAAAACAAUUCAGACAAACAGGUUGAGUCUAUUCAAAUAUUACCUCAAAAAAGUGAUGAAAAUAACUCACCAAUUGGUAGUAGAGUAGCUGUGAUAUUGAAGAUGAAACUUGGCGUUAGUUCAUAUGCUACCAUGGCUCUAAGAGAGUUGAUGAAAACAGAACGAAAUGAUUUAAAGGAUGUUCAUGAUUGA